GGCGGGAGUGAAGUCUCGCGAGAAGGGGCGGUUGCCGUAGCGGAGCCCUCUGGCUGUGUGUGUCUGAGGAUCCGCCGCCAGAGCUGCGGACGGUUUGCUGAGCCCGUUAGUGUCCGUGCUGAGACUUACGCCGCAGUCAUGUCUCGGUAUCUGCGUCCCCCCAAUACGUCUCUGUUCGUGAGGAACGUGGCCGACGAUACCAGGUCUGAAGAUUUGCGACGUGAAUUUGGUCGUUAUGGUCCUAUAGUUGAUGUGUAUGUUCCACUUGAUUUCUACACUCGUCGUCCAAGAGGAUUUGCAUAUGUUCAAUUUGAGGAUGUUCGUGAUGCUGAAGAUGCUUUGCAUAAUUUGGACAGAAAAUGGAUUUGUGGACGCCAAAUUGAAAUACAGUUCGCACAGGGGGAUCGGAAGACUCCAAAUCAGAUGAAAGCAAAGGAAGGGAGAAAUGUGUACAGUUCUUCACGCUAUGAUGAUUAUGACAGAUAUAGGCGUUCUAGAAGCCGAAGUUACGAAAGAAGGAGAUCAAGAAGUCGGUCCUUUGAUUACAACUAUAGACGAUCUUAUAGCCCUAGAAAUAGACCGACUGGAAGACCACGGCGUAGCAGAAGCCAUUCCGACAAUGAUAGAUUCAAACACCGAAAUCGAUCUUUUUCAAGAUCUAAAUCCAAUUCAAGAUCACGGUCCAAGUCCCAGCCCAAGAAAGAAAUGAAGGCUAAAUCACGUUCUAGGUCUGCAUCUCACACCAAAACUAGAGGCACCUCUAAAACAGAUUCCAAAACACAUUAUAAGUCUGGCUCAAGAUAUGAAAAGGAAUCAAGGAAAAAAGAACCACCUAGAUCCAAAUCUCAGUCAAGAUCACAGUCUAGGUCUAGGUCAAAAUCUAGAUCAAGGUCUUGGACUAGUCCUAAGUCCAGUGGCCACUGAUAGUAUAAAACCAUGAUAUUUUUAGGCAUGUAUCAUUCAUUUACUCAUAGUUUGGUUUACUUAAAUUAUCAGGAAUACAAUGUUGCAAUGAUGCUUAAAAAAACACUUGUCAGUUUUCCCUGUACCAAGCAAUGGUUAUAAUUAAAAUGAUAUGCUGUUGAGAAGCCACUCUUAAGAGUCCAGUUUGUUUAAUGUUAUGGGCAGCUACCAAUUUGUGGUGUCUCUGUAUAUUUUUGUAAAGAUUCUCAUUUUUUAUGCUUGAAGUAUUGGUGAAAAGAUGUUGGUUGACCAUAAUUUGCAACAUUGUCUUAUUAAAAAUAAACUUUCAUAUCCAUAUUUGGUAGAACUGUUAACCUAGAAAUGUAGCUUGCUAAUAAAAGAUAGAAUGAUACAAAAGUGAAGUUGUAGCCACAGUACAGCACUGACUGAUCAGACACAUUUAGGUUCAGGGUGGACCUUUGUCUUGUCAAGAUUGUCUAGGCCCGUGAUGAUAAUUUAUGGCAUAGUGUGGAAUAGUUAUUUUGUUAACCCCACUGUUUUGGGAAAUAAUGCCAACUGGGUUGAGUAGCAUUUUCAGGGAGAUUGAGUUUUUUGACUGAACGUGGAGGCUUCACUGCUUUUUCUGGUUUCUGUGAAAAUUUGGAACAUAGCAAACGUCGGAAAAACUCAUCUUGGGCAGGUUGAUGAUGGCAAAAAUAAUUUUAAGAGGAAAAGAAUGCUCUUAUGUAAUUACCCUAAACUUUGAGGAGCAUUGCUGACCAUAAUACGGCUUAGUCUUCUUACUGCUCUUAAAAGCAGGUAAAUUGUUUCAAAGUAGGUUUUGUUUGUGUGUAUGUAUAGUGUAAAAGAACUGAAUUUUGAUGCUUACAGCACUUGGUGUGUGCGUUUGUAUCAAAAUUUGCCUGUCUCUUUAUGAAGGAGGCUUGUUCUUCACACCUCAGUUUAUUUGAUGUGAGGCAAGUUGAAAGACAACACUCCCACUCUGAUUCUGUGGUGCCAUGAGAUUUAAAGUAAUAUAGGAAGAAAAUUUUAAGAAAGGCACAUCUCUUGAGGUGUUAUCAGUGUAGUACCUAAUAAAAAAAUAAUACCCUUACCAUUUAUAAUUUCUAGCAUCUUUCUGUGAGAUCAUUUUGGGGACAAUAAAAAGUGACAUGUCCAAUCUCAUUUCAGAAUAAAAGCUAGCAUCUUUAAAAUUUUCAGAUUGCUUGCUUACAGGUAUAAGUAAGAAGUGUUGUGGAGAAACAAUUCCUUUCAGAGGAUUACUUUUUUCAAUUUUGGUUUUAGUAAUCUAGGCCUUGCCUGUAAAGAACAAAAGAUGGUUUUUAAAUAACUGUUUGUGGAAUGUGUUUAAAGGAUUGAUUCUAGAACCUUUGUAUAUUUGAUAGUAUUUCUAACUUUCAUUUCUUUACUGUUUGCAGUUAAUGUUCAUGUUCUGCUAUGCAAUCAUUUAUAUGCACGUUUCUUUAAUUUUUUUAGAUUUUUCUGGAUGUAUAGUUUAAACAACAAAAAGUCUAUUUAAAACUGUAGCAGUAGUUUGCAGUUCUAGCAAAGAGGAAAGUUGUGGGGUUAAACUUUGUAUUUUCUUUCUUAUAGAAGCUUCUAAAAAGGUAUUUUUAUAUGUUCUUUUUAACAAAUAUUGUGUACAACCUUUAAAACAUCAAUGUUUGGAUCAAAACAAGACCCAGCUUAUUUUCUGCUUGCUGUAAAUUAAGCAAACAUGCUAUAAUAAAAACAAAAUGAAGGAAAUAAUGAUUAACUGGAAUUAUUAUAGUUUUGAAUGAGAUUCUAAAAUAGCAAUGGAAACAGUCCUUUGUAGAUUGAGGAAUAUUUAAAAUCAGUAUUGAGCCAGGCACAACUAUUACUUUGGAAAUGAUAGAAUUUACCAAAAAGGUACAUCUUUUUACAUAGUACUUUAAAUUUCCAUAUGUAAUGUCAAAGUUGUUUUGUGAUUGCUUAUUAAGCCCCUUAAGUUCAAUAACUUAGACGUUAUUGGUAGUGUUGAGACACGCAUUAAAAUCAAAUUUGAGUCAGCUAAUUUUAGGUUUAUAUUUUCAUUAUUGGAUGGACCAAUAAUUCUGCUCUUCCCCAUCCUAAACAAGAUGGAUUUGGCUUUAUUUUUAAUGGCAUGAUUUAAAAUAAUUUUGCCUUGAAUGUGGGUGAGCAGUUAAUAUUAAGUGAUAAUCACUUUGAGAAACUGGUUUUAGAUGUUUUGUGGUUUGAGUUCUAGCUACUUUAUAAUGAUGAGUAUAGCUGCUAAGAUUAUUGAGUAUUUAUAAUGUGCCAGACACUGUUCUAAAAGCUUUAUGUGUUAACUCAUUUACUCAUGACAAAACCCUGUGAUAAAUAUACUUUAUUUUCUCCAUAUCACAGAUGAUGAGCAUAUGGAGGCGCACAGAGAAAGCUAUAAAAGCAGAUCCAGGAUUUCAGCCCAGGCCUGAUCCUUAGAUGAUUUUUUUUAAAGGAUUAUAAUUAGAGUAGAUUGAGGAAAUAGCCCAUUAAAAUUAUUCUCAGUUUCUACAUAGAAAUUAGAAGGGUUGUUUUUUUUUUUUUCUUUUUACUUGUGUCACUUAUUUUUAGACUAAGACUACUUUCUUGAGAACUUUAUAUGUUAUUUCUGAAGUGAUGUACCUAACAUGGCUUCAAAGGGACUGUUUGAUAGUUGAACCCAUGAUAGUUAGGAUCCUACUGAUACUUGAUGAGGAUCCUUAUAGAGGCUUUAAUCUUGGAUUGCAUAGUUGAGUUCCAUAAUAAUUGAGUAUCUACUGUGUGUCUGGCCCUGUGCUCAAUAGUGGAAUAGAACAUAUCAAGACUCAAGUGAGGGCCAACAUUUCACCUCUCUUAAGGUCUCUCUGCAUUUUUUUUUUUUUUUUUUUUUUUUUUGAAGCCAAGUAAGCAAGAAGAAAAAUGACAGAUAUUGCUUCAGUGAGAAAGGAAAGGUGCUACAUAGAGUAUGAGCUAUUAAGUUACAACCCAGGGAAAAGACCUGGGAACUAUUAUACUAUUCUCUUGAAAAUUUGGCCCUGUAAGCUGCUACAUCCAGUUCAACUAACAAAAUCCUGUAUACCACAGAGAAGAAUAAAGAAAACCAAACUGACAAACAUCCUUCUUUUAUUUAAGACCAAACUGCAGCUGGAAUACCCAGUACAGUUCUGCUUACUACACUUCAAGAAAGAUCUGAGAAAGCGGAAAAAGAACCAAAGAAGGGCAGUUCAAGCGACCAAAGGGUGGGUGGAAGGUGCUGCAGUAUGAAUACUGUACGAAUAUUUUGACUCUGGUCUGAAAAGAUAAAAGAAUGUUAUCGAAACUACAUGGAAUAAUUGAAGUCCCUUCAAGUUUGAAAGUAAGCAUUUUAGGACAAAUAAAAGGAAAUUCAACUUUGUACUUGUGGAAACUCAUCCCUAAAUCUGAAUAGGUUUAUACUGAUUCAUGGGUAACAGGUCCAUGUUAAAUUAUUGGAAACUAGGAUGUCUGAAUGUCAAGGAAGACAGCCAUAGUCUCUUACAGUGCCUCUAUUGGUCUGUCUCAAACUGAAUUGGGUGAGAAAAGGUAUGGUCCAGUAUAAACUUUCUUGGUUAUCUUUUAAAGUCAGUUCUAUUUUUGCUGUUGGCAAAUCUUGCCUUUGUUUAUUCCAGUGCCAGUGUUUUCCGCUUAAUGGUUUGCUUUGUUGGCAUCUGAGUUUACUUACCUGUAUGCCACAUGCGGUUUACAUCUUCCCUAAACACUCUCCCAAGUAAAUUCCAAUUAUAAUACUUGACAUCCAGCUAAGAGGGUCCAUCUCUUCUCACCUCUUUCCUAGUCAGUUAAUUGAGCAAACAUUUGCUGAGCCCUGAUGUGGGCAAAAAUUGUACUGGGUAAUUGGGGAGAAAAAUAGGUAAAAUACACUUAUUCGAUAAAUGUCUACUGAGCACAAUCUAGUGAAUCAUUACAGUAUGGCCUCAUUGUUUUGUUUGAGGUGUAUUAUAAUAUUUUACACCGUUUAUAUCCUAUGUAAUUAUAAAACCCAACAUACUAUCAAAGAUAAGUAAUUUUGUGGUUAUUUGCCAUUAAAAGUAUACAGUAUUUGUUUGCAUCCCAUUAGUACAAAUAAUGAAAAAAUGAUUUGUUUUCAUCUGUAAUAAACUGAUUUAUUGUGCAGUGACUGUAAUAUACUAGUUAUAUUAAGUUGUUAACUCUGCCUCCUCAAACACAUAUUAGGAAAUAGUCCCCCAAAUAAGUAUUUAACUUUGCAUCAGAUAUAAAGGAGACUCUGGGUGCUAUAAUUUAGACUUAUUUUGAGGCAGACAGAGAGCUGUUAUCCCACUGAUUUAGUAUGUUCUGUAAUUGAGAAAAUGUUCACCAAAUUAUACUUUUUAGUGAUUUACAUGUACAUUUUAUAGGGGACAUGUUCUGUGUAUAGUUAAUAAAUAACUUUUAUAGCAUCACAAAAUGUUUUGGAUUCCUUAGUUCCUUAUUAGGACAUGAAGUUUACCUAUACAUCGAUUUCAUCACUUGCAUAUUUGAUUUGUCUUAUUUCUGCCACUUUUAAAAUUUUCCAUGUAAAGUUAUUCAUCUAAAUAUAUGGAAGUGUUUUAAGCUUGUAAUUUAUAAAGAUUUUGAAAAUAUAGCAGGAUACACCGAAAGAUACGAAAUGGAGGUCUUUUUAACUCCUAUUUAAUUUUUUAGUUUUUUGAACUUACCCAAGAUCACACAGCAAGUAAGUGGGAGAUACUAGAUUAGUGUUCAUGGUUUUUCACUUGGUUCCUGUUUGUUUCUGUUAUUUUUUAAAAUAAAUUUUUAAUAACUUAAUGUGAUUAAUAUAAUGGAAACGAGUUCAAUUAGAGGGAAGAUUUAAUAAUUUAUAAAAAUAAUUUAAUUACAAAAAGUAUUUUGUUUGUAGCUUUCCUGAAUGAGAGGCUAAAUGUAAUCGACGAUCUCAUAGCUGUUAUGACUCACUCUCCGGCCUGGCUUUUUAAAUUUUAGUCUCACUGUAUUGCAUUUUGACCAUAUUCUUGUUUGUAAAAUUCUGAGAUAUCUUGAAGUGGGGAGGCUGUGACUUGAACAGCACAGUGGUCGCUCAGGAGUUAAUUUUAACAGUGUUCCAUAGGAGGUCUUUCUCGCUUUUAGGACUUCCAUGCAUAAACUGUCCUGAUUGAUAAAUGAAGUAAGCAACCUGUUUGUCUUCAACUACUGACAUCUGUGCAUAGCUAGCUGCUAUAGAAAAGGUUCCUUCCCGGGUUUUUUUCAUUUGCCCCCUCCAACAGAUUUGGUUAUGUUCAUUGCAUUAUUUCUAUGUAUUCCUAACAGUUGUUUCACCCCUAUGUUAAAGAUGGGAUUCUUUAAUAAGCAAGGCAUGUGAAUUCAUUUUAUUGAUAAUUGACAGAGUAGUUUGUAAAGAAGUAGAAAAGGCGUUUGUGUCCAGUUUUUUGUAGAUCUCUCUGAAUGCUAGAUAAUGAAAUAAACUGGUCUAGGAUCCAAAAAA